AUGUCAGAUUUUGAUCGUGACCUCAGGUUUAUCCGCCUGGCAGCUUCUUUGUAUGUUGCGAUCGCGGUCCUCUAUACAACAGAUCACUACAGACAUUUGCGAGCUUGGCCUACGAUACAGCCGCUAUCCAAGUCCAUCAAGAUGCCAAGGUCGCUGGCAAAACGCAUCAAGAAAUAUUACUUUGGCCUGCAUCCUCGUUGUUAUCCAUCCGAACAUACAACUGAGAUAGUUUGUGUUCAAUCGUUUCUCAAAUUGUUUGUCAAAGGUCUGAUUUCUGCAACCGCGCAUGUCAAACCUAGUGCAACAUACGCCCUUCUGGAUGAUUUGUAUGACCUGUAUGCGUCAAUCAACAUACACCUCGUUCUCACACCCUUCAAGGACCGUCAAUUGAAUAUUUGGCGAAAUGCUGCACGUCUCUUUACUCGUACCGAACUCGUCAUGAUGCUUGACACAUUGUUUUCGCUGGUCAAGGCGAAGAAGAUCGAUAUGUUUCACCGCAUUUGCCAGGUUCCUGGUCAUAACGGGGCCGAUUAUCCGCGAAUCCCUUCCGCCACCCCUGGUGAAGUGUCACGCAGUACCACCCCGCAUACGAGCCUUACGUGCUGCUCUGGCAAGUUUCAUGCUGGUGUUUGCAUACCUUCGAUCUAUGUGUCUUCGACAGAUGACGGAGAGUAG